AUGACGCAGGUGGAUGGCCCCAUUACGCAGUUUUACAACUGCCGCAUCCUCAAGGAUCAUAAACUGACCGACGAUUAUUUGUACGUCCAGGGCGGCAAGAUCAUCGACCCCGAAAAAAUGUUUUGGGACGCAAAGCGCAAGCCCGACGUCCGCAUUGACUGCAAGGGAUGCAUAGUUUCUCCUGGAUAUAUUGACGUGCAAAUCAAUGGUGCUUACGGUUAUGACUUUUCGAACGAUACAGAUAUUAUCGAUGAGGCUGUGAGCAAUAUUUCCAAGGGAUUACUGCUGCAAGGAUGUACAUCCUAUUGCCCUACUACAGUCAGCUCUAGACCCGAAGUCUAUAAGAAGGUUCUGAAGCACCUCGGUCCGCGUAAUGGCUCUGUCGAAAAUGGCGCCGCUAUUCUUGGAGCACACAUCGAAGGCCCAUUUAUUUCACCCCAGAAAAAGGGCGCACAUGAGCUAGAGACGCUGCGCACAGCCAAUAACAGAAUUUCUGACUUUGACGAGUGCUAUGGUCUGGAUAACCUGCGCAAAUAUGUGGCGUACGUGACUAUGGCACCCGAAGUUGAGGGCAUUCUGGACACAAUCCCUAGGCUCAUCGAGUCAACUGGAAUCAACAUCUCGCUUGGCCACUCUAAUGCCACCUCAGCCGAGGCUAGCCAGGCGUUUAAGAGCGGCGCUAACAUGAUUACACACUUGUUCAAUGCCAUGCAUGCCUUCCACCAGCGCGACCCGGGUAUUAUUGGGCUACUUGGCGCUGCUGAUUCGGGCUCACGGCCAUUCUACGGGAUAAUCUGUGAUGGCAUUCAUGUUCACCCACACUCAGUGAUGAUCGCUUACUACGCGCACCCGGAGGGCGCUUGCCUGGUUACCGACGCCAUGUCUGCGCAAUGCCUCCCCGAUGGGUUCUACAAGCUCGGCGAGAUGGACGUCGACGUCAACGAUGGUCAUGUGUACAUCAAGGGCACCGAUACGAUUGCCGGCUCAAUCAUUACGAUGGCCGAGUGUGUCCGCAAAUUCAUCAAGUUUACAGGCGCCUCCAAGGUGGAAGCCCUUGAGAAUGCUACUUUGCACCCCGCGCAGAUGCUGGGUAUUGCCAACAAAAAAGGCAACCUGGUCCACGGUGCCGAUGCAGACAUUAUCAUCUUGGACGACAACCUUUGCGUCCAGCGCAUCUUUAUUGCGGGCGUCGAGGCCACUGCUGAAAACGUGCAUUUUAACGAGAAGAUAUAG